AUGUCAAAAAUUAGUGGGAAUGUACAUGUUCGCUGGGAUGAGGUGGUCGUGUUUUCUUUAUUCAAACAUGACAGUGGAGUGGGAGAUGAAUUUGGUUUGUCUUCUACUGUUGCCUGUGAAGCACUAUUCUAUGCUAUCCACAUACUUCUUGCUCGUAGUUUGAGUAGAAGUAACGCUGUUAGCAGUUACUCUGUUUAUGUUUUAGUACUGGACUCUAAAUUUGCCAGUGUGGUAAAAUUGGGUGGUGACCUUGGAAAUCUUGAAGUUGACUUAAACAAUCCAUACCAAUCCGUGGCAGAAUGGAUAAAGUUUCACGCUGAAGUUAGCUUUUCCCCUGUGGAGCAAAUAUGGAACAAGCUAGGAAAUGUAAAUUGGCGAGACAUGGGGACUCUACAGCUGCUUUUGGCAACCUUUAAUUGUAUUGCUCAAUGGAUUGGACCGCCGAGAAAAUCAAUAGCCUCACUUGCAGCUGAUCACAGCCUUCGUCUUCAGAAGCGCAGAGUUGAAUGCCGCCUCAUUGAGAAUGAAAAUGCACUGAUCCCUUAUCAAGCUACUAGACAUGAUCAUGGGGAAAUUGUUGAAUACCACAACAACCCAAACCCCAGCAGCAAGCAAGGAUCCCGUUUGAAGUUUAACCAGGAUGAAAUAUUAGUUGUUGAAGACCACCUCCUGGAACAGAGAAGUUUCCAAAUACAUGAAUGUCUGCUUGAAGGAAACUGCUGCUCCUACACUGCUGUGGCUUUGGCCCAUCCCACGGAAUUACUAAUGCUACACAUUGGUGCUCAUACAUCUCGUCUGGAACCAUCAUGGGAGGACAUGAGCUUGUGGUAUCAAGUCCAGAGACAAACUAAAGUUCUGAAUAUCCUAAAAGAACAGGGUAUCACAAGCAAGUCUUUGCCUGAAAUAAUUGCCUCGGGCAAAAUUCUGCAUCCUGGUCCUUGUGAGAAGCAGAGCCCUAAGGGAUGCUGUGAUCAUCCUUGGUGUGGAACCCCAAUACUUGUAACUUAUCCAGUAGGAGAAACGCUUUCAUCUAUUUUAGCUCAUCAUGGUCCAUUUUCAGCUGAAGAAGCAACCCGUUGUUGUCGAGACUGUCUUGCAGCCUUGAGGAGUGCAAAAAUGGCCAACAUCCAGCAUGGUGAUAUCUGUCCUGAAAACAUAAUCUGUGUCAGAUAG